GUCCGCCCUUGAAUCAGUUUGUAAAGUAUGGCUCUAGUCACCGUAGUUUAGGAGGCGGCGGGCUGGUUUCGUUGUGUGCGUCCUGCACAAGUCGUAGCUGAUAAAAUUCAUGAGGCGGACCAGCGGCAUACAGCGUCGCCGUACGUCACCGCCAAGUGAUCAUGACGUCGGAGCAGAAAGCGGGCGAGGGCUCUGCUGCGCCUUCACUCGCGCACUCCUCACCCAAUGACAACGUCACUACCGCCCGCGAAGUCCAUACUUUCUUCUCUGCCAUGGAGUCUAGCUUCGUCCAAAUCAAGGAACCGUCCGAGUCCAACAUCGAAACUGCCAAGUUCCUGGCAUGCUGCCGGUCUGUGCUUCCAGUGUUCAACAUCCUCGGGGGAACAGUCUUUGCUCCCAUCAAGGCCGACAUCCAAGGCAACAUCGACAAGCUCAACGAGAAAUACAACACAGACAAGAAAAGCUUUGCCCGGUUGAUGGUGAUGCUGCAGAAGGAAGUUGACGAAGGCAGGAACGCGACCAGUGGCCGAGCCCUCGAAGCCGCUCUGUGGCUGAAGAGAGCUCUUGAGUUCAUCCUGAGCUUCCUGUCCGAGAUCCACAGUGGCAACGACAACCUGGCCGACUGCACCACCAAGGCGUACAACGGGACGUUGAAGCGGUACCACAGUUGGUUCGUGCAGAAAAUGUUUGCCUUUGCCGUCCUAGCGAUGCCUUCGAUGAGGACCUUCAAGCGCGACCUGGCGCCUAGCCCAAAGGACGCAUCACACCCUGACUACACAAAACAGCUCCACGCCGACUGUGGGGAAUAUGUAGCAGCCCUCCGUUCAAUUCUGGAGACAAUCAACCAAUAUUACAAGCACCAUAAUCUAGAACCCAGUCCAUGAUAGCAGUCUCCAGACUGCAUGCCUUACGAUGACUCGAAACAAUAGUCAGUCUGGUUGUGCGCAUUAGAAUUUAAGACUGCUCAAAUAGUCGUAGCUUAAUCCACAUCGAAUAAUAUAAUGCCCAAUGCUUUAACUUGUUGAUAUUCUAAGUACUCAUCCAUUUCCUGAAAGUUUCUAAAGCACGCAAUAUAUUUACUUAAGGCUGUGGGGAAUAUGUAGCAGCCCUCCAUUCAAUUCUGGAGAAAAUCAAGCAAUAUUACAAGCACCAGAAUCUAGAACCCAGUCCGUGAUAGCCGUCUCCAGACAGCAUGCCUUACGAUGUCUCACUCACUCCUCACGCAAUGACGACGAUACUGCCGCCCGCGAAGUCCAUACUUCUCUGCCAUGGAGUCUAGCUCAAGUUCAAGUGCACUUGCUACCUUUUUUGCUUAUUUCUUUUGUUAUUCACUGUAGGUGCAGUACCAGACUUCAGGAAUUGAAUUUGAUAUAUAUUUUACAAAUGCAUCUCGAGAAAGGAGCUUCUUAUAACUUUGAUACAAGUGCAGACUGCGCGUGCUGCUCUAUCUAGAUGUAUCUGACUGUGUCUUUGUCCUUUUUAGCCCCUUUUACAUCUGGCACUUUGACUGUAGCACAUAAAAUAUGUAACAAAUGCAUGCUGUUUUAUAUGUAGAAGACGAAAUAAGUUUUAUGCUCAUGCAGAUGUCUGUCUGUAUUUUACUGUUGGCUACCCCACUUGUGAUGCCUUGUUACACAAAAGGAGGUUUUAGCCAUGUUCUGCCUCAUUGCUGUGCAAUCUCGUAUGAUAUUAUCGAGGCUGGAAUAGAACGUCUAGCUUCUCUAAUGAUAUUUUACAUAUCAGUGUUGUGUGCAAUGGCAUAUAAGCGCUGGCAUCUAAAUUGAGAGAUAUUGUUAUAUUAUGUUUAUUUUGACAAAUAAAGCUAUUUACUAUUUUGCUUA